GUGACUAAAUAUCAACAAGCUACAAAUGAACGAGGUAGAGUUGCUCAAAAUCACGCUAAAAAUCUUCAUUUAGUCAAUAAUAAGAAAGCAAAACACAAACAGGAGAUAGAGACAGACAUGUCUUCAGUAUUAAUCCAACACGCUAAACUCAACCAUCGUCAUAGAGGUCAGCGAGAAAUCUGCGAUGGUGAAGCGCGUGGUGUUUGUCACGGGCAACCGCAACAAGCUCAAAGAAGCGCUCAACAUUUUGGGAAAAGUACCCGGAUUUGAAUUUGAGAGCAGAGAUGUGGACCUUGCCGAGUACCAGGGGGAAGCCGACGCCAUCUGUCGGGCCAAGUGUGAAGCGGCGGCCAAGGUGAUUGGGGGUCCCGUGCUCGUCGAGGACACCUCCCUCUGCUUCAACGCCCUCGGGGGCCUGCCGGGGCCCUACAUCAAGUGGUUCCUCACCAAGCUGGGGCCGGAGGGACUGCACAGGCUCCUGGCGGGCUUUGAGGACAAGAGCGCAUACGCCUUGUGCACCUUCGCCUACUCAGAGGGACCGGACAGCGAGGUGCGUCUGUUCCACGGACGCACGGAGGGCACUAUAGUGGCUCCCCGAGGCGCCAACAACUUCGGCUGGGACUCGUGCUUCCAGCCGGAGUCGGAGUCGCAGACCUACGCCGAGAUGAGCUCGGACGCCAAGAACCGCAUCUCCCACAGGCACCGCUCGCUCCAGGGCCUCCGGCAGUUCCUGGCCGCCUACCCCUCGCAACUGCAGGAGGGGUGGCCUCAGAGUCUAUCGACAUAGUCAAUUAGUCCGUAGUCAAUAAAGAAUUGCCGUUGCAUAGCGUGUACUAGACGGACUUCCCGGUCCUGUGGAUAAGGGCCGUCCUUUUGUGUUUCAGUGCAUUGCAACAACUGACAAGGCCUUCACUGUGGGGGUUGCAGUCAUGCAUAGCAGAAUCUAGAGUCUGCCUAUGAAUGGAUAGAUGGAUACAGCUGAACCCCUCAAUCGGGCGGCAACUCGCGCCACCUAGCCAAAGCUUGUAGACUGCCGAGCAGCCAGAAAGUAGAAAACUCCCUUUAUUCCUCCUUUCCGUUUGAGAAAGAGGGAGACCUCCUUCCUGCGGGGUGUACCUGAGAGGCCUGCGAGAAGGGUGUGAGAAGGAAUGGAUGGGGGAAGAGACUGGGAACCUGUUUUCAUCCUUGCAGAAGACUGUUCUGUAUGUCGGCAUUUAAAAGAAAGUAAGGUUAAGCCUUCAAGCAGUAUACUUCUAACCCAACCUUGGUUAUUGGUGCCCCCUUGUGACGGUAGAAGGAACUUGUAUUGAAAAAUUACUUUCCUCAACACUCCCGUGCGUGCAUCUACGUACCACCAACCAGUUGUGGCAUUGUGCUUUAUUCAUUUUUCCCCAGAGUAUAUGAACACAAACUAUACUGUGCACAAAUGAAAUAUUCCUUGCUUACGACUGCAAUGGUACACCUGGUGAUACGAUUACUACACAAUUUCUGAGAACAGGCAGUGCUUCCAAGCACGGCCACUUGAAGACGUAACAUUAAGGUCGUCAAGAAAAGUGUGACAACAAUUAAAACCCGACAGGGCAGAGCCAAUAAAAGCACCAGCUAAGGUAGUAUUCUGUACUAGCAGUUUGUUCCCAGAAGUAAAAAUUUGUGUGAAGACCUGCAUACAUGCAGAUACAGAGGGGCAAUGAGAUAGGUGAAUCUCGGACUACAAAUGGAAUAUACUUCGGUCAGCUGUACUGUUGUGCGAUAAUACCUGCCUGCGCCGUGUUAUAGCAGUCCUAGUGGUUCAGUGGAAGAACACAUUGGCUCACUCUAGCUUCACAAGCUGGACCGCUCUCAAUGAAAUGUGAGCGACAUGUUU